CCUCGUGCUCUUCAUCAUGAGGGGGCGCUGCUCUCGAAAACUCGGCGUGCUGGCCAAAGCUGGCUUCCUGCUGUGGCUGCUGUGGCUGGGCUACAUUCUGUUAGCGCGCUCCUCUUUCCCCUCCUCCUCGUCAGGACAGGAUGAAGAAGACGAGCACAAUAUGCGGGCGAGGCAGCUGUCCGUAGAAGAGAGUGGGAUGGAUGGGAAGCUGGCUAGACCUCUUUAUGUUAAACUGUCACCAGACAACAACGCACCAGGGGAGUGGGGUCGGGCCACACACCUCAACCUGAGCCCAGAGGAGAAGAAGCAGGAGGAGGAAGCUGUGGAGCGCUACGCUAUCAACAUCUACAUCAGUGACAAGAUAUCCCUCCAUCGACACAUUCAGGACCACAGGAUGAAUGAAUGCCGGAAUAAGAAGUUUGACUACCAGCGUUUACCUACCACUUCUGUGAUCAUAGCCUUCUACAACGAGGCCUGGUCCACCCUGCUGAGAACUAUUCACAGUGUGCUGGAGACCACGCCUGCCAUCCUGCUGAAAGAAAUCAUCCUAAUUGAUGACUACAGUGACCGAGGUUACCUGAAGUCGCAGCUGGCAGAGUACAUCAGUAAUCUGCAACGUGUGCGGCUCAUUCGCACCAACAAAAGAGAAGGGCUGGUACGAGCACGUCUCAUUGGCGCCACCUACGCCACGGGGGAUGUUCUGACGUUUCUUGACUGCCACUGUGAGUGUGUUCCCGGCUGGAUCGAGCCUCUGCUGGAAAGGAUUGCUGAGAACGCCAGCACCAUAGUGUGCCCUGUGAUCGACACCAUCGACUGGAACAGUUUCGAGUUUUACAUGCAAACAGACGAGCCGAUGAUCGGAGGAUUUGACUGGAGGCUCACCUUUCAGUGGCACUCGGUUCCUGAAGUGGAACGCAAGAGGCGAAAGUCUCGUAUUGACCCCAUCAGGUCUCCUACCAUGGCAGGUGGUUUAUUUGCUGUGAGCAAAGCUUACUUUGAGUACCUUGGCACAUACGACAUGGGGAUGGAGGUGUGGGGAGGAGAAAACCUCGAACUCUCUUUCAGGGUAUGGCAGUGUGGAGGUAGUUUGGAGAUUCACCCCUGCUCUCAUGUGGGUCAUGUUUUCCCUAAAAAGGCCCCAUAUGCACGACCCAACUUCCUGCAGAACACCGUACGAGCUGCAGAAGUUUGGAUGGACUCUUAUAAACAGCACUUCUACAACAGGAACCCUCCAGCCAGAAAGGAAACCUACGGGGACAUCUCCGAGCGACUGCUGCUGAGGGAGAGGCUGAAAUGCAAAAGUUUUGACUGGUAUCUUAAAAAUAUCUACCCCGAUCUGCACGUACCUGAGGACAGGGAAGGCUGGCAUGGAGCUAUCCAUAGCUCAGGGAUCCAAUCAGAGUGCCUUGAUUACAACGCUCCAGACCACAAUCCCACAGGCGCCCAACUUUCUCUGUUCGGCUGCCACGGCCAGGGAGGCAACCAGUACUUUGAAUACACUUCUCAGAAGGAGAUUCGUUUCAACUCAGUGACCGAGCUGUGCGCCGAAGUCCUCGAGGGACACAGCUUCAUCAAUAUGAGACAUUGUCCUCACGACAGCGAGCCCAAGCCCCCCAGCAUCGUCUGGGAGUUCAGAGAGGACGGGACCAUCCAUCAUCCUCACUCCGACAUGUGCCUGACCGCCUAUCGAACAGCAGAGGGUCGCCCCGACGUCCAGAUGAGGCGCUGCAACCCCACCGACAGAACCCAGUUGUGGAAGUUUGAGUGGUAGAGAGAGGAGACCGUAGCAGGAAAAGUUUAAGUGACUAUUGUGCAAUUACUACGCUAGAGAACUUCUCUGCUGCUCCCAAUUUCCCAAUACAAAGGUUUGCACACGACUGAAAUGGGAAUGACAAACCAAAAGGUCUUUUUCCUUUAAGAGCCUUUACAGCCGUGUGAUUGAGUGCAGAUUGCAGCAGGAUAGCUGAGGUUUAGGACAACAGCUGCUUUCAUCCUCGUGCCUCUGCAGAACAGAAAAAAGGGAGCAUAAUGCACACCUAAAGUGUCCUUUAUAUGGAUUUAAGGCAGCAGUAAAACUGAUUUAAUCAUCCUGCACACGAAGAGGUGCUUCUGAAAGAGAUUAAAGACAGUUCCUUUGAUAAAUAGCUGCGACGUUUCGUUGCGCUGCAAAACU